AUGCGCUUCUCAAUUGCUUCGAUCCUGGCUGCUUCACCAGUUCUUCUGUCGUCUCUAGUCUCUGCGCAGACGUACUCGGAGUGCAACCCGAUGCUAAGACGCGACUGCCCUGCGGACCCCGCACUUUCCGGUACCUACGCCCACAUCUACGGGGGUGAAGCAUCAAGCUUUAAGUACCUCGCUGGAAAAGACAUGGUUAAAUAUGGCAGCUCCGACGGCGCCCAUUUUAGAGUAGAGAAGAGCAAGGACUCCCCGACAAUUGUCAGUAACUUCUAUAUUAUGUGGGGGAAGUUUGAGGUUACUAUGAAAGCUGCUCCUGGUGCCGGUAUCGUCUCUUCGAUAGUCCUACAAUCAGAUGAUUUGGACGAGAUAGACUGGGAAUGGCUUGGGGGAAAACCUGAUGAGGCUCAAUCAAACUACUUCGGCAAAGGAAAUACUGCAACCUACGAUCGUGGGGCGUUCCACACAGUCGACAGCCAGGCUACGUUCCACAAGUACGGAUUGAACUGGACAGCCGAAAAAUUGGAGUGGCUGAUUGAUGAUGUCGUGGUUCGUACUUUGACACCUGCUAUGGUGAAGGGUGAUUACUAUCCCCAGACACCCAUGACAGCUAGAAUUGGAAUCUGGUCUGGCGGUGAUUCUGAUAAUGAGCCUGGUGUUAUCGCGUGGUCUGGCGGUCCUACCAACUACAAAGAAGGUCCUUUUGACAUGAUUGUCAAGAAGAUUUACGUCCAGGAUUACUCUUCUGGCAAAGAGUACAGAUACACUGACCAAAGCGGAUCUGCCGAUUCAAUUGAAGCCGUCGGCGGUGAGAUCGGCGCCGGACCUCAAUCUGGAGCCGGAAAUGCAGCAACCGCUACUGGAUCCCCAUCCGCCUACAACGCACCUUCAAACAGCGGUCGUCUGCCAUCCUCUACAUCGAAAAGUGAGGCAACUUCCGGCGCAUCAGGAAACAACGCUGACUCCUCGGAGUCCACCCACAACUCGGCCUCGCCCUCGUCGUCCUCGUCCUCCUCAGCUGGAGCUAACGGUGCCGCUUAUAUUGCAACUGGCGGCAGCAGCAGCGGAUCUAGCGAAACCUAUACCGGUGCUGCUUCUUCGACUAUGGCUGUUAAAACAGCCGGGCUGGCCCUCGCUGCGGCGGGGCUGAUUGUUGGGUGGAUACUCUAA